AUGUCUGGUCCGGUGCCUUCGAGUCUGGUACUGCUGAGCGAGCUGGAGGAAUGCGCGCCUGGGGGAAAGGUCCGAUUUUUAGGAUGCGUCGAGGAAUAUGUCGUCAAGACCGCGACGCUCCGCCUGAAGCACGAUUUCCCUCGCUUCAGUCCGCCGAAAAUCGCGAAUGUAAACGUUGAGCAAGUGCUUGAGUCGAUCAAGCGAGCGGAAGUCGAUGUCGGGACGUGGAUCAAUGUGAUUGGCUACGUCGAGCGGCGGGAGGAAAAGGGCAUCUUCGUCCAGGCGGUCACCAUCUGGGAUGCCGGGAACGUAAAUUUGGACGCGUAUCAGCAGGCGGUGCAGAGGAGGAAGGAGGUCGGAUGAGACGGGGACCUCAUGAGAACACAAUC